ACUUGAGGUUGCCUUCGACAGUGGAACUCAUCAUGAUAUCCUCCGCCGCUCCGCUCGAUGAGCGUAAUGCAUUGACCGCGUGACCAGUGUGCUCAAUGCAAAGGGUGGGAACUGGCAGGCUAGACAGCGAACAGGCCAACAGAAAGUGCAAGAGUCCGCUUCUCUGAUUAGGGUCGGCUCUCGCGCUGCCACCACGGCUGCGGACCACUCCAAGACUAACUAAACCAUCUUCCCACUCGCUUCCCAGGAGCCCUCUAACAACACGGCGGCUCUUCACUAUCCAGCGCGACGCAGCGACCACAAUCACAGGCCAGCACGAUCGUUCUGCUCGUCCGGAGCGCUGGUGAAAAAACCCAGUUCGUGCACAUGCCCCACGCUCUUUGCGAUCGGCGCAGGCGCACAGAGCAGCGCUCAGGACCACCUCGACCUCACUUCGUUUCCCGACGACGACCCCGGCNNNACCCCGCGUCUGAGUGGUGCCGGCGGUGGCGGGGUAGCCACCAUGGAUGCGUCGGCCGAACAAUGGUCGCGCUCGGUUGACGAGAUCGAUCCGUUGACGCUGAAUGCCAGCAUGGACGAUCUGGGAAACCUGUUUGAGUUCGGCGACAUCGAUCUGAACAACCUGCCAAACAUAGAUACCUCCGCGUCCUACGAUGAGCAUAUGCAACACACGAACACUCAUCCGAGCACACCGUUCAGCGAGCUCAAUGAACCGCACACCCUUCCAGGUGGAAAUGCGCAGGACUUUGCAGGACAACAGCGCUUCGGGCCCUCUGCAAGCGCGGAACAGGCGCAGCGACACCUGCAGUCGUCACAGUUUCCUUCGGACGUAGCAUUCCAACAAACGAUGCAGCAGCACGAUUUCCAUCCCAGCCAGUCCUUUCAGUUUCAAGCCAUGCCCGGCUACUCCAUGCAUCAGCAAAUACCCCCGACGCCUAACAGCUAUGAGAUGCACGGAGAACCAGGACGUUUCCUCCAGUCGCAAUUAGACUCGCAGCAGCGUGCCUUGCUCGAGCAGAAAUAUCAUCUCCGGAAAGAGGACGCGAUCGCAUUCACGCCUAUGGUUUCUCCUGCAGGCACACCACAGUACAAUGCCCAGCCUGAAUUUACCAUUCCGGGCGCCUAUUUCUCCCCUUUGACCUCGCCGAUGCUGCAUGCACAGACUUCGCAGCAGGCUCAGUCACAGUCCCUGCAGCAUGGCUACUAUACCAAUCCCAGCACCGCUCCCAGCUCCAACGCGACAUCUCCAUUGAAUGCAUCUGUAGAUGUGGACAUGCUGGCAGAUGAGGCUGAGAGUACUGAAGCCCCAACCAGGAAGUCAACACGACGGAAAGUACCAACUCCACGAAGCGCAGGUCCACUUGCCCGAGUCAAACAAAGUCCUAUUCAAAAAGCCAUCAAGCGCAAAUCUGGUACCAUACUUUCGUCGUUGCCGCCCUCUCGUGAGGCGGAUGUGAAUCUCGAGGUGCAACGAUCAAAAAGCACCCAGCCUACAUCUACCGGCCUGUCAAUACCGCGUAGCGACAGCUCCGCAACUGGCAGCAUAAGCCCGGAACCACUCAGUGAGGCUCUGAUGGGACCGCCACCACGGCCAUCCUCCAGCCGGACGAAUUCCCCUGCCAUUCGAGCUCAGCAUUCGAACGGAGUCGCAAACUCGAUGGGGGCUGCCGCAACGCCCAAAUCUUUGUUGUCGAUGGGCCGCGGCGCAGCAACUCGUUCUGAACCCAAAUCACACCAAACCGCGGGUGACGCCGAGUUGGAGGAUCUCCAAUUACCUGCUGCGGCAGAUCAAAGCGUUGACGGACCGCCACAGACCCAAGUGACCACGGUUUCGAAUGAUGACACGCCGCGACUCUCAGCUCGCAAAACACCGAAACUCGGGCCUACGAGCACUCCUUCGUCUGCUAGACUUGCAUCGGCGGCUCUGAGCCCAGCCAUCGUCGGCUCUCCGAUGACUGCUUCCACGCCCGGUGCCCUUUUGAAAGAGCGCAAAGAGUCAAAGUCAAGUAGAGGAGGCAAAAAGCGAGGCAGCAUCAGUGGCGGCGGUUCGAAUUUGGUGUCUCCCGCGUUGCGGCCCCGGAUAAGUCCCAGCAUCAAGCCGUUAUUACCUGAAGGCGCCGCUUUGCAUUCUCCCACCCACGCUCUUCUCCUGGCAUCAAAAUCCAACUAUCAAAAUCUUCUCGAGGGCAACCAAUUACCAGGCGUGAAUUACCCAGAGUCCUUGUCCACGGGCCUCACGUCGAAGAGGACAUCUCAUAAAGUAGCUGAACAAGGCAGGAGAAACCGUAUUAAUGAGGCACUCAAGGAGAUGCAGUCACUGCUUCCCAAGGGCAAAGAAAAUAACACGAGAGACGGCAGUCCUGAGGUCAACGCAGAAGACUCCAAAGAAUCGAAGGAGGAUGCUCUUGCAAAGAGCAAUAGCAGCAAGGCGGCUACGGUGGAAUCUGCGAACGAGUACAUCCGCAAAUUGCAAAGGGAAAAUGCAGCUUUACUGAUCCUCAAGAAGGAAAACGAAGAGAUGAAAAAGAGACUGCAGGCAGCACAAAACGGAUCAGGAUCUGGCAGCGAGAACUCUGACGACAAGUCUCCUGGCGAAAGCGUAGAGGCUACAUCUUGAGCCCCUGCAUCAGCACAGGAAUAGCACACUGCAGGGUGUCGUGAGAGCAAUCUAAACUGGGGAGGCGAAUGUUGUUUAUCUGGCCGAAUAUCAGCGAAUGGCGUUUUGGGGGUAUCAGAGGUCGUGUUGAUCGACCGAUAGAGGAGCGGCUAUUUGUACAUUCAGCGGUUCGUGCAUUGAUAUCACGGGGCUCUGGCGAACGCCGUAUUGAUAUACACGGCAAAGGGUAUGUAUUUGGCGGUGGAUCAGCUAGCUCUAGCGGCACCUUGUCUCGUCAAGCUGGCGAGAUCAACACGUGUGUAAUAAGUGAUGUGCCCAAAGGCCUCCCUGGGAUAAAUCAGUACACAAACCACCUGUCCAUGCUGUGAAGC